AUGAAGGAAUCUCUUCUCUCCAAAGCUGGUAUGGCCAUGUUGGCCUACCCCCUUAUCGUCUCUGCUCAGCAGCUUGAGCCCAUCUUGUAUCCUUUCGACAUUUUUAACGUCACCGAUACUUGUUUUAUGAUGCUUAACACAACUGUCACGGAAUGCUCAGGCCUGUUAGAUCUGUAUCUAGCAACCCCGGAGGGAGCGUUUGAGCCUGCGAGAAAAGUGCAUUUGGAUCACAUAUGCGUCCCAACAUGUCGUAAAGCACUUGUCAACUUUAGACCCAAGGUCGAGGCAGCCUGCAACACGACAAAGGAUGCAGUUGCAUUUCAUUACGGUGACAUGGUCUUUGCUCCUCGCCCAUCAGCUACCUAUCAGACUGAUCUGUUGAUUGUGGCAUAUGACGUCCACUGCUACAAAGACCGAGACACUGGGAAAUUCUGCGAUCAGCUAUUAACAGAAUGGAGAACUGGUCGUGACACAAAUUUCCCCAUAGAGUGUGAGGACUGCACUCUCGGACAGUGGAUGAAACAACUCCAGGCUCCUAUCCGGUACCAUGACGAGGGAGCUUCCAAAUUCUCCAAGGCGACAUCGGCUUGUGGCGCAACUGGGUACGAGUACGUGAAGCCGACGACAUCAUAUAUAAGUACAAUGGACCUCUACAUGGAAACAUGGUUGGAUAGCUUCACCCCGCCUACGCCUACGCCUACGCCUUGA